AUGAAGUUGAAUGGCAGCUUGGACGAGGCGCUGAAGGAGGCAGAGGAGGACGGCGAUGAUAUUUUGGACCUGCUGGGUGGUCUGUCUUCUGGAAGGCAGUUGGCAGACCCUGGCCAGACUGCUGAGCUGAAGGAGGAGCAGCGGCGAGUAGCAAAGGAGUUGAAGAAGAAAGAAAAGGGAGAAGAAGAAGAAGAAGGCGACGAUGAUAGCUCCUCCACCAGUGAGAGUGAGGACGGAGAGGACGCUGAAGGUGAUGGAAGCGAGGCGGAGGAGGAGGAGGAGGAGGAUUUGUUUGGCUCUGCUGAUGAGGGCGCUGGUGACCUAGUUGAGGAGGGCCAGUCUGACGGAGAAGAAUGUGAAGACCAGGACGAAGAAGAAGAAGAGGAGGGGGAUGGAGAGGGACUGCCAGAGGAGGAAGAAGAAGAGGAAGAAGGAGAUGAAGAAAAGUCAGGAGCAGAGGCAGAAGAAGGAGAGGCAACAGAGCUGGAAGAAGAAGGAGAGGGAGAAGAGGAAGAGGAGGAGGAAGACGACGAAGAAGCCGAAAGCGAAGAGGAUGAGGAGGAAGCUGAGGGGAAGGAGGAGAAAACAAAAGGAGCGUUGGCAGCGGCGGUUCAGAAAACCAAAAGAAACAGCAAAACCAACAAGACCGAAUGGGACAAGUUUGACCGCCAGAUCAAGUCGCCUCAAGGGGGCUUCCCUGCAUCCCUCAGGCCAAUGCUGAAGGGGUCGAAGAAAACAGACCUGUUCAACUUAUGGUUGGACCAUGGUGGUGAAUGGGACAGUGUGGCGUGCGCUGUUGAGCGGGCGCAGGAGACUGUGAACCUCUCACGAAAGGAAUGGGUUGCUAUCCAAGCCAAAACCUUAAAGGAGCGGCUUCCAGAAGCCAGGUUCACCGAGUUGAUCCGCAAGCGGAUGGAAGCGGGGCUCUUCUACAAAGAUGAUGACUUCCCAGAAGAUGAGCUGGAGAACUGGAUAUACAUGCCCAGUGGGAGAAUGCUUCGCCGCGACGACAAGACCAGCGAAACCCUGAAAGCUACAGCUAGCAGGAACCUUGAUCAACCAUUGCUGGACGCCUUGACAUGUGACGAGACAGGAGUUCUCCCGGCAGGCGCCCUGCCUGGCGUCAAGGCCGCGUCAGAGGCCGGCCAGCGCGCAGUGCUGCAAGCCCUGCAGGGCGACGACAGCAAAGUUGAAAAGCUCAAGCAGCGAAGAAAAGAGAAGGAAGCUGAGCCAGUGGAACCAAAGACUACUUUGAUGAAAGGCCAAGAGAAGCUCCAGCAAGUCCUUGACGAAGCGACAAAGGCUCGUUCCAAGUCCAUCCAGCUCAAGGGUCUAGAGUUCGCUGAUCAGCUUGCUGGAGAAUUACUCAAACACGCUGAAAAUAUGGAGGGUCUCUACUCAGACCUGAAGAAGCGUGUUCAGAGCCAGCCACCCGAUGAGCCUGGCAUCACUACUUUUCUUGCAAAGAUUGAAGCCAAGCAGAACUGGUUCAAGAAAGCUGAGGUUGAAAAAGAUGAAGAUCCUGUGCCGGUGCAGGCAAGUGUGUUGCUGCCGCACGAAGUCUUUGGUGCUUUGAGUGAUAUGGGGGAAGCGAAGGUCCGAAGGGGCGUCAACAAAACACUCGCUGACUUGGUGGCAUGGAAGAUCAAGUUCUCCGGCUCCUUGCAGCUU